GGUUUUCACUUUUUUUUAUUGUAAACUUGUAAUUUAUGUCUUCAAUUAUUUAAUUAUUGGAAUCAAUUCCAAACAAUUCCACGAUGUCCGAUACAUCUGAGGACGAAGAUAUGUCUAAAUUUAAAGAAGCGGUUGAUGACACGUUCACUAAAAUGCUAGACAAAUCUCGGGGUAUUUUAAAACCAUCACCUAAAGACCCAGAAACACCAAAAUCUGAGAGGUACUUGUAUGUCGCUAGUCAUUAUAAUGAUGUAAAGGUGCCAGAACAGCUACAGAGACAAAUUGGGGCCAAAGUUUCAAAUGUAAUUGAUAAAAGUAUUGAAUUUGUUGAUAUUCGACAGAAUGGAAUGAAAAAACAAAAGGUAAAGGGUGGUGUAAAGCUGUUUAAGGAUUCGGAGGGCUAUCUAUCAUGUGAAGGCCCUAUAGAUACAUACACGGAAGGACAUAAUCGGGAGUCAAAGAAAAGGAAGCAAUUGAAAAAAAAACAUAUUGAGGCUGAUGAUCUAGAUGAAUGUGAUAAAAUUAAAUCAGUGUCUGUCAGCGGGGAUUAUGUUAUGUCCAAACAAGAUAUCAAGUACUGGAAGUCAAGAAGAAAAGAGAAAGUUUUUAAAUAUAAAGCGAAUGGAAAAAGUAAAUUAUUAUUGGCUACGGAAUAA